UUUACAUCACGUACACUUUUCUUUCUGCACUUCAUUAAGGAAUACAUUUACCACAAAAAUGGCUGUCAAAUUCUUGGUACUCGCGUGCUUGGUAGCAGUAGCCAGCGCUGCCGUGGCCCCCGCCCCUAUUUCCUACCACGGCGCCCCGGUCGCGUACACUGCUCCCAUCGCCAAAUACGCCGCUGUAUCGCAGACCGAUGAAGAUUACGACGCGCAUCCUCAGUACAGCUUCUCUUAUGACAUCCAUGACGCCGUCACUGGUGAUACUAAGUCACAACACGAGAGUCGGGAUGGUGACAUCGUCCAAGGCUCUUACUCCGUCGUCGAUCCUGAUGGAACCCAACGUACGGUCGAUUACACCGCUGACCCCCAAAAUGGAUUCAACGCAGUCGUACAUAAGCAGCCAUUAGGCGUGAAGGUAGCCACAGUUGCCAAGGUCUCAACCCCAGUUGCGUACCAAGCGCCGUCCGUGGUACAUGCGUCUCCUUUGACGUAUCAUGCCGGGCCUGUGGCUUACCACACCGCUCCUGUAGUCCACGCCGCGCCGGUCGUCCACGCAUCUCCCUUCGCUUAUUCCGGUCCCAUCUAUCACCACUAA